AUGCCAGGCGACGUCCUUUGUGUGGACAUUCUGGACAUUCAACCAUUCCCUCACCGGCUUUGGGGGUUCUCUCUUAUCGAUCCUGGCCUAGGUCCACUGGACAGACCUGAUACCCGGGUGGCCAAGACGGUAUGGGAUUUUGACGGGGUCAUGGCGUCCUCACGUCAUGUCAAGGAUGUCUCGUUCUGCGGUCGACCACACUGUGGUGUCAUCGGUACAGCUCCAUCGGCGGACUUUGCUGGCGACUUGGACGAGUCGUGA